CCGAGCGUGCCUGAAGGCACCACACUUGUUGAAGGGAUUUCCAUCCACGCAUCAUGGGUGUAUGAGAUAAAGUUAUGCACACGCUUUACCAGCAGAUGGUGCCCUUUCCACUUUAGCCCCGCAUUCAAAGGUAAUAACAUUACAGGAUGAAUCACAUUUCUGAUUCGUGAAAUAGCAAACGUAAGUUGCAUUAAUUCAGCCCCUCUCCAACUUGACUGCAAAUAAAGACUGUUGAGAACUUUUCCGCGUGCGUACACGUGUACACGGUGAGAUCUCAGGCUGCGCCGUGGAUUGCCAUCCAUACAGCGCCUGUCCGUUCACGCGCUGCACACCACGUCCCUCUGAACCCCGAAAAGGAGCCUCAGAAGGCAGGGCAGCGGGUCUACGACAUGGCGAAAGAAAGAGCAGGCAUGACGGAGGAGACGCAGUACAUGAUGGACCGGAUUGCCACGAAAGAACCAGAAAACGUGCAAACGUCGGGCGAUGCUAAAGAAAUGCGAGCGGUCGUACUGGCAGGUUUUGGAGGUCUAAACAAACUCAGGGUGACCAAGAAGGCAAUGCCCGAGCCUCAGGAUGGCGAAGUGAAGAUACGCGUCAAAGCAUGUGGCUUGAAUUUCCUGGAUCUGAUGGUACGUCAGGGGACAAUCGAUAACCCCCCCAAAACCCCCCUUGUCCCUGGAUUUGAAUGCUGUGGAAUAGUAGAGUCAGUUGGUGAAAACACAACAGGAUUUGAGAUAGGCGACCGAGUUAUGGCUUUUGUCAAUUACAAUGCCUGGGCAGAGAUUGUUUGCACGCAGGUGGAUUUUGUCUACAAGAUGCCAGAGGAAAUGACUUUUGCUGAGGCUGCUGCAUUCUCCCUGAACUUUGUGGCCGCCUAUAUGAUGCUCUUUGAGGUUGCUAAUCUGCGGGAGGGGAUGUCAGUGCUGGUACAGUCAGCAGGAGGUGGUGUAGGUCAAGCAGUGGCUCAGCUGUGCUCAACUGUGCCUAAUGUGACCGUGUUCGGGAUCGCCUCAUGUCUCAAACAUGCAGCCAUCAGAGACUCUGUGACUCACCUCUUUGACAGAAACGUUGAUUACAUACAAGAGGUGAAAAAGAUUUCUCCAGAGGGAGUAGACAUUGUGUUGGACUGUCUGUGUGGGGACAACACAGGGAAAGGCCUGACUCUGCUGAGGCCUUUGGGAACCUACAUACUCUACGGCGCGUCAAACAUGGUAACUGGGGAAACAAAGAGUUUCUUCAGCUUUGCAAAAUCUUGGUGGCAGGUGGAGAAGGUGAACCCUAUAAAACUAUACGAGGAGAACAAGGUCAUAGCAGGAUUCUCCCUCCUUAAUCUUCUCUUCAAACAUGGGAAAUGCAGUCUUGUGAAAUCUGUGAUGGACAAACUCUUGUGUCUCUAUGACCAAAAGAAGAUCAAGCCGGUUGUGGACUCCCUAUGGGCCCUGGAGGAGGUAAAAGAGGCCAUGCAGAGAAUCCAUGACAGAGGCAACAUAGGGAAACUCAUUCUGGAUUUUGAGAAGUCUCCCACCCCUCUGAUGGCCAGCGACAGCACAGAGACCAGUGAGGCAGGAGAGGAAGAAGAGGAGCCAGAGGGAGAUAACGACAGCAAGGAGCGAAUGCCCUUCAUCCACUGAGAAGGUUUAGAGACAGCAGAGGCUGCACACAUUCACCAGAGGAACACAACAGCACGUGUGUGUAUGCAUGGGCUGUAUGCAUGUUUUCAUGUAUGCAUGAAUGGAUGUAUGUACAGUUUAUGUUUGCAUCUUGUCUUUUACCUAUUGUUUGUCAGUUUAUUGGUCAAGAACCAAAACAAACAGCAUAUUUGUCACCCAGGCAAACAGGUGCAAGUUCAAUUGUCAAUAUAGUAUUUUAUUAUUUAUGGUGUUAUGAAGUCAUGUGAUUCUAGCCCACAGUGUAAUUGUGUCUAUUUCACAUUUAAUUGCAUAUAACAACCAUGUAUUGACUGAAUGAGCAUUAAAACCUGCUGAGUAGCUAUUAUCACUUUAGAAACUAAUUUAAUAAUGCAAACAAAGAUCACAUACUAUAACAAGCUUCAAAUGUCCUAAAACUUGAUUCUCACCGCUCCUCAGUGAUGACAGGUGUAAAAUAAAAGCAAACGAAGUUUGAGAAAAUGACAACUCCAAAGUUUUGAUGCUUUCUACCAAGAGAGUGAGUUACCUUUUAAUGUUACAACAGUAAUGUGCAAGUCAUAAGAGGUAGAGAAGUC